AGUUGGUCAAAUUUAAAAAAUUGAUCGAUGCCCAGCAGCCGAACAGGGUCACCAACGACAACGGCGCAUCCCGCAUCCGCCCAAUCGAAAGACGACUCCUCAGACGACAAACCCUUCGACCUUCGUCAAUCGCCGCCGAGUCGCCGACCAGGCGAUCACCGUCUGUCCGUCUAGGGCCGCCAAAGCAGCACCGCACGUCUGGACCACGACCAGGCCUCCAGACGACACUCAACAGACCUCAACCGGCUACGACUCUACUCAGACGCUGUUUUUUGCUGAAGCUGAAGCAGUGAGCCUGUGAAGCAGGUCUCCAUUUUUUCAGGACCGGACCUGGGUUAACGUAACCCCAAAGAAGAGUGCCGAAAUGCAAUUUUCCCGGGUUUCAUAGCAUAUAGUUUGUGAGUGAAGUUGCUGUAUUUUGGAAACCAUUGGGAUGGCUGAUAAGAAAGCGCUGUUCCGGGCUAAAUUGGCAAAGAGGAAUGAGAAGCGUAUUGAGAAUCCUCUUGUGAGGUACAAUGAGCAUGAUCAACCUGUCUGUAGAGUUUGUGACGUUCUUCUGAAAUCUGAGACAGACUGGACUGUUCACCAAGCAUCUCGUAAACAUAAUACGGCAAUCAAUAAUCUCAAAGCCAAAUCUACCACACUAAAGCAAACUAACAAUGUGAAUACUGAGCUUCCUAAAGACUCACAUAGAGUUAAACCUGAGAAUCAUGACGAGUUUCUUAAUAAAAGAGCUGAAGUUUCUACAGGGCUGUCCAAACCUCGACAAGCAUCUUCCCUUCCUCCCAACUUUUUUGAUAGCAAGGAAACAAAGAAACAAAAAAGUGAUCAUAUUGAAUCAAGAGACCAUGGCACACAAAACACUGAAGCCAUUGCUCAAGCUAAAGAAUCAUUGCCACCUAUUCCAAGGGGCAAGGUGGACAUAAACAAUGUAAACAUUGAUGGAAGAAGUUCUGAAUCUGGGCUGUCCAAGGAACAAAUAUCAAAGCAGACUCUUGGCUCUGAAACAAGGAAGGCCAAAGGACUAAUACCUGAAGGAUUUUAUGAUAAUAAAGAUGCUGAUUUGCGUGCACGUGGUAUUACACCAGUCAAACCUGAUGUCAAGGAUGAGUACAAGGAGUUUGAGAAGCUGAUCCAGGAGGACUUAAAGGAGGUUGACAAACGCUUAGAGGAAGAGGAGUAUGAUGCAGCUGAUAUGAUAGAAGAGGAAGAGACUGUGGAACAAAGGGCCUACAGAGAAAGGGUGGAGAUGUUGAAGAAGAAAAAGAUGGAACUUAAGGCUCGCAAGUCUACCAUCCGUAGCAAAGCUUCUCUUCCGAUCACCAAGGAAGAGUCUACUAGUGAUGAAGAGUCAUCAAGUGAUGAUAGCAAUGAAAACUUAACAGUUGAUUGGAGAGCUAAACAUCUGUGAAAUCCAUUUUUGUAUACUUGGUAGUAAUGGCACUUCCUCUUCACCGUCCCUUCAGUUGUUCUGUUCUUGAUCAUAACAGUUGUUCUGGUAGCAGAUUUUGGAGUUGACUGAACUGUUAAUGAGGCAAAGUUCAACAGAAGCGGAACCCUGGCAGAUUUAAUUGUUUUGUGACACCGUGACAUCCAUUGAGAGACAAUACUACCAAACAUUAUUUUAAUUUUAGAAAUUUGAAAAGAAAUGUUUCGAAACAAACCCUUGGUUAAUACGUAGUAGUAUGGAGUAUUAGUUUGUAUAAUUGUAGCUUUGUGGUUGGAAUUGUGCAAAGCGUCUGUUAUGCAAUCUGAUCUGCUAUUCUCUUUGUACUGUUUCUGAUUUGGCAAAAUAUAUUGUGCACCAUCUUGUACAGCUGGAUAAAUUUCUUGUGUGGGUUAAAUCACAUGAAGAUAUUUAAUGAUUUAAAACUUGGACUAAUAAAA